AUGCGUGCAACUGAAUACAACGACGACAACCAGGACCCAAUGGAGACUUCAUCGCCCUCACCUCCUCACGAUCAACCCAAGAUCGCCUCACCCUCAUCGCUCAAAGACGUGUUUGACAGCACAACCGAUCAGGAGACGACGACUACACCGGUUGUUGUUCCGGCUAGUGCUAGUACAGAAGAGCACAACGACAGUGGUCAUCGUUCAUCGGAUUCGUCAUCUAUUUCCUCGGCAUCAAGUCUAUUUGCCAGUAGCCAUAACCAGACCAAUACUGCAACACCUGCUUCUCCAUCAUUUUCCACCAACGGCAGCAGUGGCGGUGAGCUUACAUUAUACAAUAGCAGCGGCAACGGCAGCGGCAGUAAUGGUGCAGCCAACAAGCCCAAGGGUGUUUGUGGAUUGACCAAUCUCGGCAACACGUGUUACAUGAAUUCUGCUUUGCAAUGUCUCAGCAACACGCCUCAGCUAUCAAAGUACUUUCUUGCUGGCAAGUACAAGGAGGAACUAAACCGGGAUAAUCCCCUUGGCAUGAAAGGUCAUGUGGCUGAAGCUUAUGGUAAAUUGAUUGAAACCCUUUGGAGUGGAAAGUCAUCCAGCACAGCACCAAGAGAAUUCAAGCAUACUAUCAGUGAUUUCAAUCAUUCGUUCACUGGAUUCAUGCAACAUGACUCGCAAGAAUUACUCGCAUUUCUGUUGGAUGGUUUACAUGAGGAUUUGAAUCGUAUUCUCUCCAAGCCUUAUCGUGAGCUACCGGACUUUGACAACAUGGCGGAUCAAGAGAUUGCUCAAGAGAGUUGGUCAUAUCACAAAGCUCGCAAUGAUUCCAUUAUCGUUGAUCUUUUCCAAGGGCAGUUCAAGAGCAGACUAACAUGUAAUACAUGUGAAAAGGUGUCGACUACGUUUGAUCCAUUCAUGUACCUAUCGCUGCCAUUGCCUAUUCACAAGAAGAAGCGCAUCAAGUUCAUCUAUGUGCCAUUCAGCCCUUCAUCUCGUACACAACAGCUAUCCUUGGAGGUUCCCAACAAGAUGACUAUUGAUCAAUUCAGAGAUAAAGUUGCCGAAAAGACAAAUAGCAAGAUUGGUGCUUCUCUCCUUGUGGCAGAGGUAUUCAAUGGCAAGCUCUACAAGGUUCUAGACUUGGAUGAUGCCGUCGACACUAUUGGCGAUAGCGAUGAGAUUUACGUCUACCAAUUUCCUGGUAUUGUGCCUACACCUGCUCCCAGCGGCUAUAACAGCUACAGCGGCGGCUAUACAUUGCGUGGUGGAAGAAAUGCGUCAUCCAGCAGUAACAAGCAGCGAGAAAGCAAGAUUAUUGUGAUUCCGAUUUACUGUCGAGCUGUGUCUGAGGAUGGCAAACGUAGUUUAUUCGGUGGACCUUUGAUGUUGAGUUUUCCUAAAGACCUCGCUGACAAACCUGAUCGUAUUCGUCGCGUGGUCACACAUCAGGUUGAACGCCAUGCUACUGUCAAAUUAUUUGAGGAAGUUCCUACUGAUGCCCAAGCCAACCAAUCUCAGUUGCAACCACUACCUGGUCUUUUCAAGAUGAAGAUUAUUCCUGAAGAACGUUCAUAUACCGGUGAUUCGAAUAUCAUUCCUACUGGUUUUUCAACUUGGUUUGGUCGAGAGGAUCUUGAGGAUUUGGAAGAAAGAGGAGCCAAAAAUCAGCGAUUGAGAGAGGAGGAAGCAAAACGUCCUGCUACCAACAAGAGCAAUGACGAUGAUGUGCGCAAUGAUGUACGAAGAUCAUGGGAAAAACGUCAACAUGGGCGAAAGUCGGACAAAAUGAUGGCAAGACGUGGUAGCGGUUCAUUCAAUCCAGGAAGCAGAUAUCGAAGUGGCAGCACUAGCAGUAGCAGUGAUCAUGAUGAACCAGAGCCAGCACCCAAAGCCGAUAUUGUACAAGGAGAAGGCCUCAUAUUGGAUUGGCCUAUCGAGAAGGCUGAGGAAGUAUUUGGAUAUGACAUUGUUCACGCUGGCACAAGCAACCCAGGCUGGAAAGAUGUGGACAUGCUCGAUGAAGAUAUUGAUCAACAAGAAGAGAUGGCUGCAAAGAAGAACAAGAACGUUACAUUGGCCGAUUGUUUAACCGAGUUUACCAAGGAGGAGCUUUUGAGUGAGGAGGAUCUAUGGUAUUGCCCACGUUGCAAGGAACAUAAGCGUGCAUCCAAAAAGUUUGAUUUAUGGCGUCUACCUGAAAUCCUGGUCGUCCAUCUCAAGCGUUUCACUCACACUCGUUCAUGGCGCGACAAGAUUGAUGAUUUCAUCGAUUUCCCUCUCAAGGAGCUUGAUCUCACGGAUCGUGUAUUAAGUGUCAAGAAUCCAGAUGAUAUUCCCAAGGAUGAACGAUAUAUCUAUGACUUGUACGGAGUGGAUAAUCACUUUGGAGGCAUGGGUGGAGGCCAUUAUACUGCAUGUGCACAAAACUGGAUGGAUGAAAAAUGGUACAACUUUGAUGACUCUCAUGUCACAGAAGUAGAUGAAGGCAAUGCAAAGUCAAGGGCGGCUUAUCUUCUCUUUUACAAACGUCGACGACAAACACCAUCACCUUCACUUUAA